AUGGACAGUGAAGAUACAAUCGAUUUUACGAUUUUAUUUGAAAAUUGUCAAUCCAGUGCUGAGAAACUACUCGUAGAAGACAUUAAACCUGAAUAUGAGCCUAUUCAUUUACCUUUAUCAAUAAUUGAAAUUCUAAAUAUAUGGACAAGUUCAUCGAUUGAAACAUUAUCAUUUCGUGUAGGUAUUUCUCCUUGUGAUUCGUUUUCAUUGGAUACAAUGUUUAUUCAUACAUGGAGCGAAUCGCAUGUUGAACAACCUUAUCGUUUGACUAGAAUAAUCGAUGAUUUACAUAAUUAUUUUUGGAUUAGUCAUCAAUUACGUUGGAAAGGUAUUCCAGGACGAAUGGCCAAUAAUGAUGAAAUUCGACUUGUUCAUUCAGAAGAAUUUCUUUCAGGAUUUUUGUCUGUUGAGCGUGGAGACAACGUCGAUAAUGUAGUAUCAAUGCGAACACUUUCAUAUGCUAAUCCGAAAUAUAAUUUCAAAGGUGUAGGCCCAAUAGUGGCUCGUGCAUGUCGUACAGCAGCUGGUACGACGAUUAAUCUCAUUUCAUCGGUUGUUCGACGUGAUAUAGAUAUUGGUUUUGCCUUUAUUCGUCCAGCUGGUCAUCAUUCAUCAACUGAUAAAGUUGGAGCAUUUUGUGGUUUAAAUUCUGUAUCAAUAGGUGCAGUAUAUGCUAUUCAAUUUCUUAAAUUAGAUCGAGUUCUUGUUUUGGAUUGGGAUGUACAUAGAAGUGAAGGGACUGAACAAAUUUUAGGACAAAUCUCAAAUGAAGAUAAAGAAAAAUAUCGUCUUAUUGAUAUUUUUGCUGCUUUUGGAAAAAGUUCAAAUUCAACUAGUGCACCUUUAAAUUGUCAUCUUAUUGAUAUGUUCAAUAGAAAACAACUAGCUGGCGAUGAUGAAUAUUUAAGUAUGUUUGAUAAAAACAUUUUACCAGAUAUAAUUCAAUUUCAACCUUCGUUAAUUUUGAUCUCGGCUGGUUUUGAUGCUGCUCAAGGCGAAGCUGAGCAAUGUGCUCAAUUAACACCAAAUGGAUAUUUUCAAAUGACAAAAAAAUUAAAAGAACUAAAAAUUCCUUUGGUAUUUAUUUUAGAAGGUGGAUAUCAGCAACAAUCUUUAGUUCAAUCGAUAAGAGCAACAUUCGAAGCUUUAUUUGAUAUUUAA